AUGGUCAACAAUUCUCCCCAGAACAACUCUAUCGUGGAAGGCGCUUCUCCAUCGAGCUUGAUUGAAACCCCAAUUGAACGUGUGCCGAAUGAACUACAAAUCCUACCGCUAGAUAGCCCUGAGAUAAAGGUACCGUCAAAUAAAAGCAAUCAGUCAUUUGUUCCAUCCUAUCGGCGACGGGGAGGAGGAGGACAUGGAGGACAAUGA